AUGAAGCUUGCCAGCCCUCGGACCUGCAGCACAAGGAUGAGCCAUGUGCGUGUAGAGGGGAUGCCAGAGGAAUCUCAGCGCUCGAAGAGGGAGCGUGUGGUCAGGUCCCUGGGAUCCGUGGUUGUAGCAGCGUCUGUGGGCGUUGCGGGUUUAAGGUCUACGAGUUGGGAGCUCCCGUUUCAACAGACCUCGUCUGAGAGCAGCGUUGUAAGAUCGUACAACCAGAAGCUCGCCUUCGUGGAAGAGGAUGAUGUCGGCGCUCGCGAUGUUCGCACUAUUCAGCCAUCGGACAACAAGGAGCCAGAAAUCAAGCUCACCUUCACAGAGAAAUGUUUCGCUCUGGCGUUCCUGGGCGUUGCCGUCGGGCUCCCUUGCUUGCUGUGCUGGGUUCGGUCGAGCCCGGAGAAGUGGGAAGGAGAGUGA